AUGAUUAUAAUAACGACCCCUAAUAGACUCCAUAAAUCCUAAACAAUUUAGAAUAAAUCAAAUAUCUUUAAUGGGUUGGUGAGUAUAGAAAGAAUCUAAAACAAGUUGGGGAUUGGAUAGCCAUUUGGAAAGGUCAAAAAUUAAAAUAAAGUAGGGGGUCAGUAUAGAAUAGAUUCAAAUAAUUAAUAAAAUUUGCUAUAUUAUACUCAGAAGAAGGAAAAAAAAUAGGGUUUUGGACAGAAUUAAAAAGUAAUUAUAUGA